GCACGGGAUGUGCGCACCAACGAAGUGGUGGCCAUCAAGAAAAUGUCUUACAGUGGGAAGCAAUCAAACGAGAAAUGGCAGGAUAUCAUUAAGGAAGUGAAAUUCCUCCAACGGAUUAAGCACCCGAACAGUAUAGAGUACAAAGGCUGCUACCUGCGGGACCAUACAGCAUGGCUUGUUAUGGAAUAUUGUUUAGGCUCCGCUUCAGAUUUACUAGAAGUUCAUAAAAAGCCGUUGCAAGAAGUGGAAAUUGCUGCAAUCACCCAUGGUGCUCUCCAAGGAUUGGCCUACUUGCAUUCCCACAACCUGAUCCAUCGGGACAUCAAGGCAGGGAACAUUCUACUGACGGAACCGGGGCAGGUGAAGCUGGCUGAUUUUGGAUCGGCGUCCAUCGCCUCCCCUGCCAAUUCAUUUGUGGGGACUCCCUACUGGAUGGCCCCAGAAGUGAUCCUGGCCAUGGACGAAGGGCAGUACGAUGGUAAAGUUGACGUGUGGUCUCUUGGGAUCACCUGCAUUGAAUUAGCGGAACGGAAGCCCCCAUUGUUUAACAUGAACGCCAUGAGUGCCUUAUAUCACAUAGCGCAGAAUGAAUCCCCCCUCCUCCAGUCCAGCGAGUGGUCUGAUUAUUUCCGAAACUUUGUAGAUUCCUGUCUCCAGAAAAUCCCCCAAGACAGACCAACGUCCGAGGAGCUCCUGAAGCACGUCUUCGUGGUCCGAGACCGCCCGGAAACCGUGUUAAUAGACCUAAUCCAGAGAACCAAGGACGCCGUGAGAGAGCUGGACAACCUCCAGUAUCGCAAAAUGAAGAAACUCCUCUUCCAGGAGGCCCACAACGGACCAGCAGUGGAGGCCCAGGAGGAGGAAGAGGAGCAAGACCCCAGCAUGGGCCGGACGGGAACCGUGAACAGUGUGGGGAGCAACCAGUCGAUCCCCAGCAUGUCCAUCAGCGCCAGUAGCCAGAGCAGCAGCGUUAACAGUCUUCCAGAUGCCUCCGACGACAAGAGCGAGCUGGAUAUCAUGGAAGGAGACCACACGGUCAUGUCCAACAGCUCCGUCAUCCAUCUGAAGCCGGAGGAAGAAAUCUACAGGGAGGAUUCAGACGCUCGGCUGAGAGGAUCGGAGCCCCAGUCUCCACCCCAAGGGACGCGCCACCGAUCUCACUACCGCAACCGAGAGCACUUUGCUACCAUACGCACAGCUUCCCUGGUAACCAGACAGAUGCAGGAACAUGAGCAGGACUCGGAGCUGCGGGAACAGAUGUCCGGCUACAAGCGCAUGAGGCGGCAGCACCAGAAGCAGCUGAUGGCCCUGGAGAACAAGCUCAAAACGGAGAUGGACGACCAUCGCCUGCGGCUGGACAAGGACCUAGAAACGCAACGCAACAACUUUGCGGCAGAGAUGGAGAAACUCGUCAAGAAGCACCAGGCAGCCAUGGAGAAAGAGGCAAAAGUGAUGGCCAAUGAGGAGAAGAAGUUUCAGCAACACAUCCAGACGCAGCAGAAGAAAGAGCUCAACAGCUUUUUGGAAUCCCAGAAGAGAGAAUACAAACUCCGCAAAGAGCAGCUCAAAGAGGAACUUAACGAGAACCAGAGCACCCCCAAGAAGGAGAAGCAGGAGUGGCUGUCCAAGCAGAAGGAGAACAUCCAGCACUUCCAGGCGGAGGAAGAGGCCAACCUGCUGCGGCGUCAGAGGCAAUACCUGGAGCUGGAGUGCCGGCGGUUCAAGAGGAGGAUGCUGCUGGCACGCCAUAAUCUGGAGCAGGACCUUGUCCGGGAGGAGCUGAACAAGAGGCAGACCCAGAAGGACCUGGAACACGCCAUGUUGCUGCGCCAGCACGAGUCCAUGCAAGAGCUGGAAUUCCGGCACCUCAGCACCAUCCAGAAGAUGCGCUGCGAACUCAUUCGGCUGCAGCACCAGACCGAGCUGACCAACCAGCUGGAGUACAACAAACGCCGAGAGAGGGAACUGAGGCGGAAGCACGUCAUGGAGGUUCGGCAGCAGCCCAAGAGUCUGAAGUCCAAGGAGCUUCAGAUCAAGAAGCAGUUCCAGGACACCUGCAAGAUCCAGACCCGGCAGUACAAGGCCCUGCGCAACCACCUGCUGGAGACCACGCCCAAGAGCGAGCACAAGGCCGUGCUGAAGCGGCUGAAGGAGGAGCAGACCCGCAAGCUGGCCAUCCUGGCCGAGCAGUAUGACCACAGCAUCAACGAGAUGCUCUCCACGCAAGCGCUGCGUCUGGAUGAAGCCCAGGAAGCAGAGUGCCAGGUCUUGAAGAUGCAACUGCAGCAGGAACUGGAGCUGCUCAAUGCCUACCAGAGCAAAAUCAAGAUGCAGGCCGAGGCCCAGCACGACCGGGAGCUGCGUGAACUGGAGCAGAGGGUCUCCCUGCGGAGGGCUCUCCUAGAACAGAAGAUCGAGGAAGAGAUGCUGGCUCUGCAGAAUGAGCGCACGGAACGGAUCCGGGGCCUGCUGGAGCGCCAGGCGCGGGAAAUCGAGGCCUUUGAUUCGGAGAGCAUGCGCCUGGGCUUCAGCAACAUGCUGCUCUCCAACCUCUCCCCCGAGGCCUUCAGCCACAGCUACCCCGGAGCCUCCAGUUGGUCCCACCACCCUUCGGGGGGUCCGGGCCCUCCCUGGGGCCACCCCAUGGCAGGCCAACCUCAGGCCUGGGGCCAUCCCAUGCAAGCCGGGCCCCAGCCGUGGGGACACCCCUCAGGGCCCCUGCAGGCGGUGCCUCGGGGCGGCUCGCUCGGGGUCCGUAACAGCCCCCAGGCCUUGAGGCGGACGCCUUCCGGGGGACGGACAGAGCCAGGCAUGAGUCGCAGCGCCAGCGUCACCUCGCAAAUAUCCAAUGGGUCACACAUGUCUUACACAUAAUACCUUCCGUUCGGUGCCCCUUUACAGGCGGGCUGCCCCGCUGGCGCCGUCUGCCCGCCCACAGGAACUGCCGACAGGCCUCUUCCCCCCCAGGAACCGGUCCCGGGCAGCGCAGGCUCAGGGUACCGUUCAGGGGCCCGUCUCGCGCGCGGCAAGCAUUGCGUUCCGCGUUUGCUAUUUGGGAUGUCAUAGUAUUUGGCUGUAGUGUGACUCUCUCACCUGACACGCACUGGCUUUAAGGAAGCUCCGUGCGGGCACGAGGGGUGGAAAUGCCUCCCCCCCCCACCAGGGCUGUGGGGAGAGCGGGGUCUCCGCCUCCCCUGCAGCUCAAGGAGGAAGGUGAGAGGGUUCCCCCUUUACCUCCGAGGGUAAUUUUGUCCGGGGGGCCUGGAGUCCCAGCUCCCUUUCUCCCAUGUCGGUUCAGCUGCCCCUCCAACACCUCUCCGGGUGGUUCCUUGUAGGGAGGGGCCCAGGGAAAAGCAGCUCCCCAGAACCUUGCCCAUCAAAAGAGGCUGGGGUCGCGCGCCCCCAGGCCCACGUCCUUCUGCGCGUUCUCUGUUGCACUACGACGCGCAGCCUCAAGAAUUUCCGGGCGCAUGCGGCGGCUUGGACAGAACUGCACUAGUAAAAUGCACCUGCUCGAACCCUUUGUGCAGCUCGGCCCCAGGGGGCUGGGUGGUGUGCGAGUGAGCGCGUGUGCUUGCACGUGUGAGGGGGAGAAGCGGGGGGGGGGGCAGGGCAGGGCAGGAGAGCCUUCUUUUUAAGGGCUUAAUACUGUGACAUCUCACCGAAGUUCAGCCUCAGAAAUUCCGUGCCGGAUCCCCCUUCCUGGCACCUGCUCUCCUUCCGAACCGUUCCAAACCUGCCGCCAACCUCGCUCAUAUGUCCGAGGUUUUUGUGAACGAUGCCAUAAGUCGCCCCCUAAUGCCGCCGCCAAGAGACCAGGAGUCUCUGCUCCUGACACUACAUUUGCCAGUUUUUAUUGGGCUUGCCACAUUAUUAUUAUUUUUAUUAUUAUUAUUAUUGUUUUAUUAUUAUUAUUUUGCUCGUUUACACGUCCAACCGCAACCGUUUGUAGGGGUUUGACUUGCCACGGGGAGUCCCGCCCGGCUGCUGCUGUCAGCCACUGGAGAUGUUGUUGGUUGCGGGCAGGGCGAGCGGGUGCCAGUCCUUGCCAAGUCCGCAUCGAGUGGGCCUCUCGGUUUCUGUGGGCGACUCGGCCUCCCAGGAGCCACGCGGGGCCCGUGGCGGCCCCAGAGGGAGCUGGCUCUUGGUACCUUCUGUGCCAUGGCAGGGAAGGGGGUCCCGCUGUGGGCGCCCGUGGGGUCCCCGGGAGCAGUUGGCCUUCAGCUCGGUCAAAUCACUACCAGCUGUCCCAUCCAGUGUUCUGUUGUACAUUAUUUUUCUUGCACACUUAAAGCAAACACUAGCUACUAACUUUAGGAUUUGCCUUUUAACACACCUAUAGGGCUCAGAAACGUAAAAGUUUUUUUUUUUUAAAUGUCUCUCCGUGACAUACCUGUAUAGAAGAAUAUACUCUCGUGUGUGUCACAUUUUCAAUCUUUUUUUUUUUUUAAAUCGGUGUGACUUUUAAUUUAGCUAAAUUAAAACAACAACAACAACACACACACCACUCCAGCUCCUUCGGUUCGGCUACAUCUUCCGCCUCCCCACCCCCACUCCCCCCAUCCCACUUCGGCUUCUGACUGGGGAGCAGAAGGGGGCCUGGAGCCUGGCCUGAAAGGGGGGAGGGGGAACAGAAGACAUACACACACCCCACUCCCUGAAUGGGGCAGACCUAUAGUUGCCAACGUGGAGGGUGGGGCAGGAGCGGCAGAGCUGUCCUGUUUCCAUCGAAGUCCUGCUGUGAGUUCUCUUUUGGGGUGGGGUCUGGACUGUUCAGCCAAUGAACCCAUUGCAAGGAGGGAGGGGAGGGCAGUGGCCCCACACCCCAUCGUCUUCGAUCAAGGACCACCCAGCCCAAACACCCUUGCCCCGGUGGCAUCUUUAAAGCUUUCCUCAAGGUGCCCCACUUGGCACAACAACCUAGGUUAUUUGAGGAAGGGGUCAGCAGGCCCUCCCCAACCCAGGGGUUGCACUCUGGACAUGCCUAGCAGCCCGCCCGCUCGCUCGCCCGCCUGCCCGCCCCUCAAAAGCUUUGCUUGCCUCGACAGUGAAAACAGGCGCGACGUCGAAUGCGAUAUUGGCGUUUCCGUUGCCAGGGAAGAUUUGUGAUGGAAGCCGUUUUUCUCUCUUCCCCUCACCUGCCAUUGUACAUCCAUCUGUGCCAGGCUCUCCAUGAAAUUAAUCUUUUAAGUAAAACAAUUUGCCAAACCCCA